AGUAGUCUUCAGGACAUUUCGGCCAUGUGUUUCCAUAAAGGAGAACAGAUGACAUCCCUUCAAAUUCACCAGAUGGAUCAAAGUGAAGAUUGGAAAAAGCUGCAAAAACAAGGUGGUGAUGAAAAGGUUCAGAAGAAGCAGCACUUUCUUCCGAAAAGAAUUUUGCAGUUUGUUUUCUCAGUUUCUGCGUUCUCUUUCUUACUUUGGUACUCCUUUGGUUGUUCCAUACUCCCUCAUGAUGAAUCCAUCAAUGCCUUCUUCUCCACCUUCCUCUUCUCCAUCUCUUCCCACAUCUUCGAAAGAAAAUACAUGUUCCUCCUCUGUAAUGCAAUCCUCGCUUUUCUAUCCAAAACCUCACUUUACCUAUCAGAUUCUGACUUCGAUGAUCGCUCUCUUCAAUCUGCAAAUGCCAUACCAGUUUCUCUGGAAACUCCUUCUCUUAUGGCUGAUCAAGAACAAGAAAAGAAGCUAGACCAUUGUGAGGAAGAAGAACAAGUAUCAGAAGCAGAUGAUGAUGAAGAACAAGAAGAUGGAGAUCAAAACAUUAUGGACGCCUCUGCUGCUAAAGAGGAUGAAGAAGUGGGGACUACGCAAGAUAGUACGGAGGUUAUGGUGGGGACGCAAGAUGGUGAAGCUGAAGAUGAUACUACGGUGGCAGAAACUGAGGAAUUAUCAAAUGCAGAUGAGUUGAACAGAAAGUUCGAAGAGUUCAUAAGGAAAAUGAAGGAAGAGAUCAGGAUUGAAGCUCAAAGGCCGCUAAUUGCAGUCUAGUAGUAUAUGAAAGGAAGACAGACAAAAUUAAGGGGCCAACUAAAUUAAAGUGCUUCAGUCUGAUUUUGAAAUGACUAAGCCUUUCACAGUCUGUGAUGCUAUAAUAUUAUGUCACGUCGUUUUAACGAGGCUGUUAGUGUAAUUUUAUAUCUUUGCUUUAUUGAAAUGGUGGUGUUGCUUCUUGUCUUUCUAGCUUUAGUGAUCUUUAAUUAAUACAUUAAUAAAGUAGCUUCUUGCUUGCUUCUCUA